AUGGUCCUUUCACGUGAAACCACCAAGAUCAUCAUCGUCGGCGGAGGCGGUACUAUGGGAUCAUCAACGGCCCUACACCUCCUUCGCUCCGGAUACACACCAUCAAACAUCACCGUGCUCGACGUGUAUCCAAUUCCCUCGGCUCAAUCGGCAGGAUACGACCUGAACAAGAUCAUGGGCAUCGCCCUUCGCAAUGCGCCCGACUUACAGCUUUCCCUGGAAGCGCUCGAUAUGUGGAGAAAUGAUCCGUUGUUCAAGCCAUUUUUCCAUCAAGUCGGUAUGAUUGACUGCUCGUCCUCGGAAGAGGGUAUUAAAAGCCUUGAGCGGAAGUACCAAGCUCUUGUUGACACGGGCAUCGGGCUUGAGAAGACUAAUUUCUUGUUAAAUGAUGCGGAGAUUGCGGCGAGAGUGCCACCAUUCACAGAGGAGCAAACCAAGGGAUGGAAAGGCCUAUUCUGUGGCGAAGGAGGCUGGCUCGCGGCUGCUAAAGCCAUCAAUGCCAUCGGACACUUCUUGAAAAAUCAGGGUGUUAAUUUCGGGUUCGGAAGAGCUGGAACAUUCAAGCGGCCCCUAUUCGCUGCCGAUGGAACAACAUGCACCGGCGUAGAAACGGUAGAUGGAACAAAAUACCACGGCGACAAGGUGGUUCUAGCUGCGGGUGCCUGGAGUCCCACACUAGUAGAUCUCGAUGACCAGUGUGUUUCCAAAGCCUGGGUAUAUGCCCACAUUCAACUCACACCAAAAGAGGUAUCCGAGUACAAGAAUAUUCCAGUUAUCUACGACGGCGAAUACGGAUUCUUCUUCGAGCCGAACGAAAAUGGAGUAAUCAAAGUCUGCGACGAGUUCCCCGGUUUCUCUCGCUUCAAGCAACAUCAGCCAUAUGGCGCAUCCUCUCCGAAACUCAUCUCCGUCCCUCGAUCGCACGCCCAACAUCCGACGGAUACAUAUCCCGAUGCUUCAGAGGUGACCAUCCGGAAAGCAAUCGCGAGGUUUAUCCCGCAGUUCAAGAAUAAGGAGCUUUUCAAUCGGGCAAUGUGUUGGUGUACUGACACUGCAGAUGCUAAUCUGUUGAUUUGUGAGCAUCCGCGGUGGAAGAACUUCAUUUUGGCCACGGGGGACAGUGGGCAUAGCUUUAAGCUUCUGCCGAACAUUGGGAAGCAUGUCGUUGAGCUGAUCGAAGGGUCUUUAUCGGAUGAGCUGGCUUAUGAGUGGCGAUGGAGGCCUGGAGGUGAUGCGUUAAAAUCUAGACGGGGUGCGCCGGCGAAGGAUCUUGCUGAUAUGCCGGGGUGGAGACAUGAUGCGCAGCUAUGA